GUCAUUCCUUUCUUAGGGUAUGUUCUGUGAUGUUCAGGACAAAAAUUUUAUACACGUAUACCGCAAACAAAGCUAUUUUCUCCAAUCAGUUUUGUUUCUAGUUCAAAGAUUAUAUACUCGUUGUUCUAGUCUUUAGCUAUUGCGAUUUUUUGAUUAUUUUAGUAUAUCUUUUAUCUACGAUUUUAGUUUCAUAAAACGUUUAUGUGAUUUAUGUUCUAAUAACUUUUCCAAGCUAUUAGAAACAUUUUAAAAUUAUUUUUAACGAUAUUAUUGUGAUAGUGUAUCAUUAGGAAAGCAAAAUCAUGGAUCUAGAGAGGAAAAAGAAAAUAUGUGAAUAUUGUGGCAAAGAAUUUUCGAACACCAGUGCUCGAAAUAAACACAUGUUAAAAUUUCAUUGUGAAUCAUCGUCAUCCCAGUCUUUAUUAGAUAAGAAGUCUCAGGGUCACAAACACAGGAUAUGUCCUAUUUGUAUUAAGGAGGAGAGGUUUACUAAUUAUGAUUCGCUCAAUAAGCAUUUAACGAAUACACACAAGAUAAUAAUCAAACAAUCUCUUUUCAAUUUUAGAAACCUAGAAGAAUUUGAAACAUGGAGAUCACAAGGAAAUAGAGAAGUAGAUUAUGCAUGUCAAAGGAAAAACAAAUUAUCUAAUGGAAAUGAGAGUAUCUAUUAUAUAUGUAAUCGAAGUAAUUAUAAAGGAUAUAACAGUACUGCUCACAAACGAAAAACAAAAGUUACAGGCAGUAUUCAUAUAUAUGGGGAAUGUCCUUCUCGGUUUAUUGUUAAAGUUGAUGCAAAUGGGUCGGUUAAGGUGACAUUUAUUGAAACCCAUGUGGGACAUAAUGAUGAAUUGAUACGUAAGAGGCUUACCAAGAUUGAAGAAGAAACCCUAGUGGCAAAAUUAAAAAGUGGAAUUACAAUUAAAAAAAUAAUUAGGGAUGCCAGAAAAAUUGGAAACCAAAAAUUGACAAGGGUCAACUUAAUCACAAAAGUGGAUUUAGUAAAUUUAAUUAGAAAACAUAAUAUAGAAAAAAAACUGCAUGAUGAGGAUGAAUAUACUAUACAGGAUUGUGACAAUAACUCAUCGUCUAUCACAGAAGAACAGGAACGAGAAAUUCAAAUUGAAGAAUUGAUUAGAAAACUUAGAAGUUUGCAAGGCAAGGACUUUGAUCGUUUUAUGGAGUAUAUUGAAAAUUUUAAAAGGGGUUCUCCAACAAUACCAAACAUAGUAAAAAAUGAAAAAGUAAACAUAUCUGAAUAAAAAGCGACAAAAUAAUACUCAGCAAGUGUUAAUUAAUUUUUAAACACGCCAGUUAAGAAUAUUUAUUUCUUUUCUGUCAGUCCUAAGCCUGAAAAGUGUGAAGGAAAAUUAAUUAUUUUCAAAUAAUAUGGGAUUUUAUUGUAACAGAUAUGUAUUUUUAAUAGGAAAGAAAUAAAAUUUCAGCU